GGAGAGAGGUACAGGCAGUAGCUGCUGUUCUUACAGACUGUUUUGGCAGAAUGGCCAGUGUGAAGGUGGCAAUAGUAACAGGGGGCAAUAAAGGGAUCGGACUGGCCAUAGUGAGAGCUCUCUGCAAACACUUCAUGGGGGACGUGUAUCUGACAGCCAGAAACACCAAGUUGGGAGAAGAAGCUGUCAAGGCCCUGAAGGAGAAGGAAGGGCUGUCCCCUCUCUUCCACCAGCUGGAUAUCAAUGACCUGCAGAGCAUUAGGACCCUGGGGAGUUUCUUAAAGGAGAAGUACGGGGGGAUCGAUGUGCUCAUUAAUAACGCUGGCAUUGCAUUUAAAGGUGCUGAUCCAACACCAUUUGGCAUCCAGGCUCAUGUGACACUGAAAACUAACUUCUUUGCCACCAGGGAUAUAUGUAAUGAACUGCUGCCACAAAUCAAGCCCCAAGGCCGGGUGGUGAAUGUAUCCAGUGUGUUAAGCAGCAGUGCUCUCCAAGGCUGUAGCCCAGAACUGAGGAAGGUGUUUCGCAGAGACAACAUCACAGAGGAGGAGCUGGUUACAUUAAUGGAGAAGUUUGUGGAAGAUGCCAAGAAGGGAAUCCAUCAGAAGGAAGGGUGGCCAAACACGGCCUAUGGAGUGUCCAAAGUUGGGGUGACGGUUCUAUCCCGAAUCCAAGCCAGGGAGCUGAAUGAGAAGAGGAAAAGUGAUGGAAUUCUGCUGAACGCCUGCUGCCCGGGAUGGGUGAGGACUGACAUGGCUGGGCCCAACGCCCCAAAAUCCCCUGAUGAAGGUGCAGAGACACCUGUGUAUUUAGCUCUCCUGCCCAACAAUGCAGAGUCUCCUCACGGGGAGUUUGUUAUAGAGAAGAAAGUUGUUCCCUGGUAAUUAUGUAGCAAUAUCCUGUGUAGUGUUAUCCCUUAUAGCCACGUCAUGAGAGCCAAGCCUUAUGUUUAUUGCUGUUUGUCCUGUUGUUUAUAAAUAAACAUUUCAUUAAA